AGCGCCUGGUUUGCGAUCCUCCUGUGCGCUGGAUGAGGAGGAUGUGUGUUCUGUGACCGAGGUGGACUCUGGGGGUUUUCUUUAGGACCAUUUGUACCAGUACAUGGACUCGCUGUCAGCUUCCACACCUGCCACCAAAGCUGCCAGCUGCUUCCUAUUUACAGAUCGUGUUGUUGUUACUUGUCCUUUAAACAGACUUUGGUAAAAAUGUCUCUAACUGUAGCGGAUCUGACCAGAGGAGUGAUGACAGAGUUCCAGGAGAAGCUCCGUCAGCAGCAUGAAGAGUCGAUGCAUCGGGAGCUUGAAACGCUGCUCGCUACAGCCAACAAGGCUGAGGCCGAGAUCUCCAGAAAAGAUUUUGAUGGCUUCAAAAAGCUUUUCCACAGAUUUCUGCAGGUGAAAGGUCCUUCAGUCGACUGGGUCAAGAUCAACCGGCCGCCUGAGGAGUCGAUCCAGCCCUAUGAGAAGAUCAAGGCUAAGGGGCUCCCCGACAACAUCACAGCCAGCCUGAACAAGCUGGCUGUGGUCAAACUGAACGGCGGUCUGGGAACCAGCAUGGGCUGCAAGGGCCCCAAGAGCCUGAUCAGCGUCCGCAGCGAGAACACCUUCCUAGACUUGACUGUGCAGCAGAUUGAGCAUCUGAACAAAACAUUUAAUGCUGACGUGCCGCUCGUUCUCAUGAACUCCUUCAACACUGACGAAGACACAAAGAAGAUCCUGCAGAAAUACACACACCACCGGGUCAACAUCCACACCUUCAACCAGAGCAGGUAUCCGAGGAUCAACAAGGAGUCUCUGCUGCCGAUCGCCAGUAGCAUGGGGAUGAGCGGUGAGAAUGCUGAGGCCUGGUACCCACCAGGCCACGGGGACAUCUAUGCCAGCUUUUACAACUCUGGCCUGCUGGACAAACUCAUCGCUGAAGGGAGAGAGUACAUCUUUGUGUCCAACAUCGACAACCUAGGAGCCACUGUGGACCUCUUUAUCCUCCACCACCUGAUGAGCCAGCCGGCUGAUAAACGCUGCGAGUUUAUCAUGGAGGUCACCGACAAGACCAGAGCCGACGUGAAGGGUGGGACUCUGAUCCAGUAUGAGGACCAUCUGAGGCUGCUGGAGAUUGCUCAGGUUCCCAAGGCCCACGUCGACGAGUUCAAGUCUGUCACCAAGUUCAAGAUCUUCAACACCAACAACCUGUGGAUCUCUCUGCCUGCCAUCAAGCGGCUGCAGGAGAAGAACUCCAUGGAUCUGGAGAUCAUUGUCAACCCAAAGACAUUGGAUGGCGGUCUGAACGUCAUCCAGCUGGAAACAGCUGUGGGCGCCGCCAUCAAAAGCUUCAACAACGCCAUGGGCGUGAACGUUCCCCGUAGCCGCUUCCUGCCUGUGAAGACGUCGUCGGACUUGCUGCUGGUGAUGUCCAACCUGUACAGCCUGGACGCCGGCUCUCUCACCAUGAGCAAGAAAAGAGAGUUUCCCACCACGCCGCACGUUAAACUGGGCAGCUCCUUCACCAAGGUUCAGGAGUUUCUGGCCCGCUUUGAAAACAUCCCGGACAUGUUGGAGCUGGAUCACCUCACUGUGUCCGGAGACGUCACCUUUGGGAAGAACGUCUCUCUGAAGGGUACCGUCAUCAUCAUCGCCAAUCACGGCGACCGGAUUGAUAUUCCGGCUGGAGCGAUGCUGGAGAACAAGAUAGUCUCAGGAAACCUGCGUAUCCUCGACCACUGAGGACCUCUGGGAGGAAAGGAGAAAAAAUCAGAAAGAAAGCCACAUCCACCUUAAAGAGACUUUG